AUGGGCGCACGUCUGCAAGGAGAAGAGAACUUCCAUCGGUGCUGUCAGGCCUUCCUGAAGCUCUCGGAUCAGUUAAGAGACGGCUGGACUUGGGAGUCGGUCAAGAGUUCAAAUGAGGGCUACCUGAGAAAAACUUCUCUCAGGUCAGUCUCGGUCCAUUCUGGAGCUAGCUGGAUUCCCGCUGCUGAUGAGGAAACCAAUGAGGACUUUGAUCACCAUUGUCAUGAAGAUGCUGUUAGCAGUCAAGUCAUCCAGUAUGAAUAUCACAUCCUGUACUCCUGCAGCUAUAUGAACCCAGUGCUCUAUUUCAGAGCCUUCACUCUCGAGGGGAGGAGUCUUUCUUUAGACCAAGUGUGUCGUUCCGUCCAUCCGCACUUCAGGUUGCGACUACAGCAAAGUCCAUUGACGACCAUCACGCAGCAGGAGCAUCCACUCCUAGGUCAGCCUUUCUUCAUGCUCCAUCCCUGUAGAACUGAGGAAUUUAUGAAACCGGUUGUGCAAAUAGAAAAAGAGCAACACAGUCAAGUGAACUACAUUUUGACAUGGCUCAGCUCGGUCGGCCCUCUGGUGGGUUUGGAUGUUUCCCUGAAGUAUCCCAUCCUGCAACGUCAGCUCUCUGAACCCGAAGAAUGUCCGGAGCCCUUUCCACCGUCGUGA